GGCAAUGUGAUGUCGUGUACAUUCCUGCCCGCUCCACUGUACGUGCGUUCAUCUCCACACCGCCUCCGCCUCCUCCUCUCUGGCUAGUACCCCGACCGCCGUACAAACAGCGACGUCUUUGCUACCGUGCUACUGCUGCUGCUAAGAAGAAGAAGCUGUUGACGACGACGGCGGUGGCGGCGGCGGCGGCGGCGAUGCGGCUGGCGGUGCUGAGCGGGGUGAGCGCGAUGCUCACCUCGGCCGUGGUGCUGCACGCCACCUACACCAAGCGGCAGUUCUACCCCACCGUUGUCUACCUCACCAAGUCGAGCCCCUGCCUAGCGGUGCUUUACCUGCAGGCGUUUGUCCUGGUCUUCCUACUGGGAAAGUUAAUGCGAAAAGUUUUCUUCGGACAACUGCGAGCAGCAGAAACAGAGCACCUCAUCGAGCGCUCCUGGUACGCCGUGACGGAGACAUGCCUCGCCUUCACGGUGUUCAGGGACGAUGUCAGCCCUCGCUUCGUGGCUCUCUUCACCCUCUUGCUCUUCCUCAAGUGCUUUCACUGGCUGGCCGAGGAUCGCGUUGACUUUAUGGAAAGAAGUCCUGUCAUAUCGUGGCUUUUUCACAUUCGUGUUUUUUCCCUGAUGCUGGUGCUCUCUGCAGCGGAUGGCUUUUUGGUUCACCUCGCCUAUUACAGCGUCAUCACCCGCGGAGCUUCAGUACAGCUCGUUUUUGGCUUUGAGUAUGCCAUCCUGCUCACAAUGGUGCUCACCAUAUUCAUCAAGUAUUUGCUGCACACCAUAGACCUGCAGAGUGAAAACCCAUGGGACAACAAAGCAGUGUACAUGCUUUACACCGAGCUCUUCACUGGGCUGAUUAAAGUGCUCCUCUAUGGCACAUUCAUGACCAUCAUGAUCAAGGUCCACACUUUCCCCCUGUUUGCAAUACGUCCAAUGUACCUGACCAUGCGGCAAUUCAAGAAAGCUGUAACGGAUGCCAUCAUGUCUCGGAGAGCAAUCAGGAAUAUGAACACUUUGUAUCCAGAUGCAACCCCAGAGGAGCUUGCAGCAACAGACAAUGUCUGCAUUAUCUGCCGAGAAGAGAUGGUCACUGGUGCCAAGCGGCUGCCCUGCAAUCACAUAUUCCACACGAGCUGCUUGCGCUCAUGGUUCCAGCGCCAGCAAACUUGCCCCACGUGUCGCAUGGACAUCCUGCGCAACACGGUGGCAGGGCAAGGGCAAGGCCAGGGCCAGGCUGGAGCACAGCAACAAAAUCACCAACAGCAGCAGCAGCAACAGCAACAGCCACAUCAACAGCAGGCCCCACAGCAUGCAGGCCAAAACCAGCCAAACCUGCCACAGGGCAUGAUGCCCCCUUUCCCGGGGAUGUUCCCUCUUUGGCCACCUAUGGGUCCUGUUCCAAUCCCUCAACAUGGGGGAGCUGCUGCCCCACACAUGCCUGCACGGGAUGCUGGGACUGAUCAGGGUUCAUCAGGUGCAGGCGUUGGUGAGAGUGCUGCAAAUGGGGCCUCGGCUUCAGCCAAUGCUUUGCCAGGGUCCUUCCCGGACUUCUCUGCUUUCCCCCCUCAUCUGCCGCCACUCUUUAUGCCCGGAUUCGCACCUCCCCAGGUGUUUGGCCUGCCACCCAUGCCCACGCCGCCGGACGACCUGGGAGGGCUGAGUGAGGAAGAGCUGCGCGCCAUGGAGGGCACGGAGCGACGCCACCUGGAGGCGCGGGUGCGCUGUCUGCGCAACAUCCAGACGCUCCUCGAUGCCGCCGUCAUGCAAAUGCAGCAGUACUCGACCCUCGUCGCGACCUUGAGUGUUGCUGGAGAACAGAGAACUGAGCCAACGGCCGCAGGAACAAGCAGUCUGUUGUCGAUGAAUAAUGACCCGCCGCCUGCUUCCACUUCGGAAACAACACCCACCACCCUCGGAGCCAAUGGCUCCGCAGACCUCCGCUCUGCUGGAGUGGAGGCAGCUGGGAUUGAAACCCUUGAGGCUGGCGCUGAAGCAGAGGAUGGAUUUGGUGGCGCGUUUGGUGGCGAGCAGCCAGAGGAGUCGACGACGCAGGGUGGUGAGCCAUCGGAAGGCUCCCUGCCCAAUGAGCCCGAUGCCAACGAGCUGCGACGGCGGCGCCUGCAGAAGCUGGAAUUUGACAGCAGGCAGUGAGGGCCUGUGAGCAAUCGUUCGAACUGACGGAGGAGAUAGGGGGGGGGAAUCUAGUUUUAUAUGCUCCUGCACACUGGAUGGUGAGAGGACCUGGACUCAAUUUGUGCCCCACCCAUCCUUUCUUUGCUCGUGCUCAUUGCACAAGCCCUGUCAAGCCUGCAGAGGAAUGUUUUGGUGAAACCAAUUGGUCAGAUGUUUUUUUUUGGUUUCGUUUUUGUCCCUUGCAAAGCCAUUUGUACAUUCGGUUUUCUUUGUUAACGUGGGUUUAUUGCAUCCGUGACUUUUCCGAUAUCUGCUUUGUAUGACAAAUUUUAACAAGUGCAGAUAUUUCCGUGGACAGUCGCCCAGUGAUUAAAUGUUUGAAUAUUAGUUGUCCAUCUGCCUUGUGUUGAGCUUGGUCAGAGUUGAAUAAGAUUUAAGAAAGCAUACUUAAAUGAAGCACGUUCAUGUCUUCACGUGAAAUGUGUAAUGUACAUCGCCGAGUGCUGAAAACAGCUCAACAACAAUGUGAUCUGAUUGUGUAAUUUAACUUAAAUGCUCCAUUUAUAAUUUUCUGCUACUCAAAACAUACUAUCUUGGUCAUAUAUUGUGCUUGUAUGGCACGCAGCAUUGCUUAUUUCACAAAAACUUUAAGACAAAUUGUAGUCAUGAACAGCAUUAAGUUAUUGUCUUGCAUUCAUUUGCUUAGGAAACAUGAAACGUAAUUUAUGUGUAAGAUUGAUUAUUGUUGAUGACCAGAGGCAAGGAAGGCACCUGACAGGGUGUAACACUUAUUGUUUGCUUUGUUUUCAUGCUUUUUUUUUUCAAAGUUUAAACAAAUCGGAAAAUUUUGACGCGUGUACAAAAUGAUGUGAAAAGGAAAAUCAUUAUUUUCAUAGGCAGGUUAGAUUUGUUGGCUACUUUGGUAAGUGUUUAUUUUUUAUUUUUUUUCCCCCAAUAAGAUGUGACAUUUGUUUCGUUUAAAUCCCAAGUGUCUAUACAUUUGUAGGAAAGCAAGCGUGUUGUUUCUACGUCGUUAAAACUCACAAAUAUGGAAAUAAAAGCAAGGUUUGGGAACUACACUGACAAAAAAUGCUAAAGUGUAAUUCAUAUUUCACUCCCAUAAUACUUAUACUGCUGUGUGUUUUAUCACAGUCGGUGCUGUAUUAGCCGUCCCAUGCAUUUUUGGGUUGAACCUCUUUUUGUUUGGGAUGUCUGACGUUUCCCUCCACAUGCUUCUUCAGUAACUGAGCUUUUUCAGCUCGGCACAUGGAGCAAAAUGUCAAACGGAAAACCAAACCAUGUGGUACAACCCUAAAACCAUCAAGCGCUACUUAGAAAACGUGUUAAUUGCAUUUUUAAUUGGGGAAAUGUAAUUUUCAGUCUACAGCAUGCCACUGAAGGCUUAAUCCACUGCAGUCAGAGUGUAAUAUUUUGCCAAAUGUAUGGAUUGCAUUGCUUAAAGCAACUCAUAGGAACUGAAACACACCUACGUUUGGCAGACCUGCCUUUGAAAUUCUGGGCGUGUGCACACCUGUAGAAAUGUUAAUUUCAUAGCAAUGUUCUCGUGCAUAUUGCACAAAGAAAACAACUGUACAGACUGCUGUAAUGUAUGAAAAUUAAACUUGUUUUUUUUCUUGA